CUCUUGUUACUCAUUGACAUCCUUCUGAAUACCAAUUCUCGUUUAUAAUAAGCAAGAGCAAAGGGGGCCCCUUGUUAGACCAAGAGCGCCCUCGAAUCCGAUCUCGUGAGAGAAAGAGAAAGAGAGGGAGGUUACGAAACCCGACUGACAAACAGAAAAACCGUCCCAGAAUGGCCGCAAAUAGGAAGAACAUUCUUAUCAUGCUGUUUGUGUUGUUGCUCGGAUCUGCGGUGAUCCAGAUGUGCGAGGGCAUAGGUCCGGUUCCCCAUCGGAAGUACCACGUGAGGGUGGAGAACGGACUGAAGGGCCGGCCCCUGUACGCACAUUGCAAGUCCAGGGAGGACGACCUUGGGGAACACAAACUGCAACCGGGGGAGCAGUUCUCGUGGGGCUUCUACAUCAACAUGUUCGGGACAACUCUCUUCUUCUGUCGCAUGUGGUACGACUUAGGGCACAAGUCUUUCGAAGUUUUCAACUGUUUACAAGAUGAGUUCAUCUACCAAUUCUGCGGGUACAAUACGUGCCAUUGGAAGCCGAUGGAUGACGGGAUUUACGUCUUCCAUGCGCAGACAGGGGGAUGGGACCUCAAGUAUAAGUGGGACAAGUGAUGAGGGCUGAUGAGCAAUCGAUCAAAUAAGAUAUAUCUGUUUUGAAGAUAUAUAUGCAAUGUUCUAUAUAUAUAUCAGGUAACAUGUAUGUGGAUUUCACCUGAUCAAAACAAAGUCUGGCUUAUGGGCAUUAGCCCCAUUUAUCUACCCAAGAAAAAGGGAAUUGAUAUGUGCAUCUAUC